GACAGUUAACAAGAACUUUCGCGAAGACCGGAAGCACAUAUUCGAAAUGAGUGAUUAAACACAGCGCAGUACUUAUGUUUGGCUUGGACUCACCCAGCUAGCCACACGCCAGUUCGACUUUGGGCACUCUUGCUAACUGAUAUCUGUUGAAAUGCGUCUUCUUUUGUUGAUUAUGUCAUGCUACGCUAUCGCAGAUAGUGACGGAUAUUUGUACCGGCGGGAGACAUAUCCAGACUGGAACAAUCUCAGAGUGACAUGGUAUCCUUUCCCGAUUGGUACCUAUGUAUAUACAUCAAUGCCAAGGACUGUUAAUAAGGCAAUCGCUGGAGGGUUCACUAUGGUGUCGGACUGCGGGGAUAUUCCCGGUAUCAACGGGAAAAGAUUUGUAAAGGAAGGAGACUUUGCUCUAGUCCUACUGUACGGGGUCAAUGGGUUCAUCGCCGGGAUACAGAUAGGCGUCCCUUAUAAUGAGAGUGAUGCGUUUCCUCCUCACAAUCAGAUAAACCAAACAUUCAUACGUAUCGGAGAUAUGUAUUUCCUGACUGCCUACUUCACAAACCCAGCCAUUACAUGUAAAUACGGCAGAACCAGACACCAGUUUGACUUUGAAGGUACUGGCAGCGCCCUCUAUAUCCAAAAUGGUACUGAUGCCGAUACAAAUUUUCUGGAAAUCCCUAUGCGCGAACCGGAACUAGCUUCGACUAAAUGGACCAGGGGACACUGUUUCUUCAGUAUGGGUGUACAUUACUGGUAUAACAUUAACGCCAACAUGUCAUGUGACGAUUUCUUCCCCGUCUUCCUACUAUAUAAUCGAGGAUGGCUGAACGGCUUUGGAUGGGCUAUCGGUACAGACAUAUCAUCGCCACGAAUGGAACAUUAUGCGUAUGAUGACAUUGUGAGCACCAUGGACCCGAUACCCAAUUGUCUCCAUGAAAUCCAGCGGCUGUCGACCAUGCACAUCUACUUCACUAAUCCGUUAUUGAAUUUCUGUUGAAAAAACUUUAAUCAGAAGUGAAAAAGUUGAAUACAAACAUCAAAUAACAUUACAUUAAUCAGUAUACAAUUUCUUCCUGGAUUUUCUCUCAUUUUAUCAGCUACUUACACACUGGAUGUAUGUUAAGACAUUAAUUCGAGUACUUUUCAUGAAUAUGUAUUUAGUAUUAAAAUUAUUAAA